GAUGAAGAUUGUAUUUGCUGUUCCUUUUAUUACAUAUUUGACUAUUUGGUCGUCGGCAGAAGAGCGUUUCGAUGGUCAUCAAAUAUUAACUGUUCGACCCACUUCCGAUAAUCACUUAAGAUACUUAUACCAGUUGGAGAAUGUUGAUUUUUGGAAUCAUAUUGGACAAACUUCGCAGGGAGUUAAUCUCCGUUUGAAACCUGAAAUGGGAGAAAUUGUACGAUACGAAUUGAAUAGGUUGGGUAUUCCAUACUCAAUCGAUAAGGACGACGCUCAGGUCAAAUUAGACGCUUUUUGGAAUGCACAUAAAGCUACUUCUAAGAAUAAAUUCCUUGAUCAGAAUUAUAAUUUUGAAAGAUAUUUGGAAUAUUCCGAGAUAGAAGAAUGGAUGGUAAGAACAGCAAGAAAAUGUACGAAAAACUUAGUCUGUAAUCUGGAAAGUAUCGGUAAAUCUUUCGAAGGAAGAGAUAUUUGGGUAUUUAAGAUAAGGGAAGACAGUUUAAGUCAAAAAGAGAAAAAGAAAAUCUGGAUUGAUGCUGGCAUUCAUGCCAGGGAAUGGAUAUCACCCGCAGUCGCUUUAUUCUCUAUAGAAUCGCUAAUAGAUGGUUUCUUAAAUGGAAAUAAGAAUAUUCGACGCAUAUUAAGCAGCUACGAUAUUUUCAUUUUAUCGAUUGUUAAUCCGGAUGGCUACGUAUACACAUUUACAACUAAUCGUUUAUGGAGAAAAUCAAGAUCAAAAGUUAGAGGUAACUCCUGCAUCGGAGCCGAUAUUAAUAGAAACUUCAAUUAUAGUUGGGGAACUAUUGGAUCAAGCUCAGAUCCAUGCUCUGAUACUUAUAGUGGAUCAAAGCCUCAUUCAGAAAUUGAAACAAGGAACGAAGUUAAUUAUAUAAUGAAGAAUGGUGGUGGUAAUUCUUUUCAAGUGUUCAUAACUUUACACUCGUACGGUCAGUUAUGGAUGAGUCCAUGGGGUUAUUCAUACAAUUUCCCAGAUAAUUAUGACGAACUGUUGAAAGCUUCAAAAGUAGCUACAUCAGCAAUUUCAAGAUUGUAUGGAACGCAUUAUACUUAUGGAUCAUCUUCCCAUGUCUUAUAUCGAUCGUCUGGAACGUCGCGUGAUUGGGCCAAAGGUGUACCGAAAAUCAGAUACGUAUAUACAGUCGAACUCCGAGAUAAGGGAAAUUUAAUAGGUUUAGUCAUUAUUACUCUAAUCCUUUUAGCAACUAUUUUUGGACUUUUCAUUUAUUCGGGAGCUUUAGAAAGCGUUGUUGUUGAUUCGGGUAAUCCACCCAUAGGAAAAGUUACCAUAGCUUAUUUGCAUGGUAAAGGGAGUUAUAAAGAUGUGGGACCAAUAUUUACAAGAAUUAUGUCUUAUUUACCUAGCGAUAAGACUUUUCAUACGUUAGGAAUCUAUUAUGACUGCCCGAGUACAACAAAUGCAAAUGAACAACGUUAUAUUGUUGGUGCAAUCCUCGCAAAGGAUGAUGAAAAAUGUGAUAUCUCUUUAGAGGAAGCUAUGUUACAGAAAGGCUGUAAAAUUGGCGUUGUUCCCCAGGUUGACUAUGCUGUUAUUACAAGCUUCCCGUUCACAACAUUCUUAUCCAUUUACUUGGCUAUUUGGAAAUGCUAUGGCAAAGUUAAGGAAUAUUGCUAUGAGAAGAAUCUCUGCGCUCAUCCUUGGAUAGAGGUCUAUACCGAAAACCGUAUUAAACUCUUUGCUCCCUUAAGUAGACAGGACGACUUCUACCUCGAACCUUUUAAACCUCUAAGGGACUAA